AUGCUUCACUAUUGUUACUCAAGACUCAUCUGGCAGUCUCGAAGUACUCAGCAAGUCCGGCCACUGGAUCAAGGCGGAUCCCAUCCCCGGCGCAUUCGUUGUCAACAUUGCCGACUGCUUCAUGAGACGGACAGAUGA